AUGCCACUUGAGGUCAUAUACGUCACUCGUCACGGAUUCCGUUCUGGAUGGAGUGUCGACCCUCUCACUGGCGUGUACACUGGAUUCAUACGAUCGCCAACAGGCAUCCCCGCGGACCCAGCCUUGACGUCUCAUGGAGUCUCACAAUCAAAGGAGAUGGGCAAGCAUCUCAUGACCUUGGAUCCUCCCAUCGACGCCGUAUACUCAAGUCCUUACUAUCGAUGUCUGCAAACAAUAACACCCUUCGUUGAACUCAAAAAACAGCAACUCAAAGACCAACCAGGUAUUCAAGGCUCUGCGACGGCCACAAUACGCCCGGAACAUGGCAUAGGUGAGUUCUUUGGGGCGGCACCUUUCGACCAUCCAAUCCCCGCCUCUUGCAAGCGACUCAAGGAGCUAUUUCCUGCAUUCGAUGAGAAUUAUGUGUCUGCAAUAACGCCUUAUAGAAAAGGCGAAACGAUCAAAGACCUAUAUGGGCGAGUUGCAGCAGCUGUACGAGCCAUCAUCGAGCGCUGUGAUGCAGAAGGACACCGUGCUGUGGUACUAUGCACCCAUGCUGCGGUUGUGAUAACCCUGGGCCGUAUCCUUACAGGGCGUAUCCCCAAUGCUGUCGAGGAAGAAGAUUUCCACGCCUUUACGUGUGGGCUGAGCACGUACCGUCGGCGAGCCCCAGGCGCGAAGAGAACCCCGAUGUUGGGCCCUAACGAAUCUCACCCACCCAUAAGCGACCUCAGCCAAGUAGGGGAGUGGCAGUGCGAACUCGAUAGCGAUUGUGGUUUCUUGACCUCCGGAGAGGAGCGAGGCUGGAAAUUUUCUGGCGAUGAAUCGUUCCCGGGAACCGGCUCGAUGUCACAAGACGACAUUGAGUCCAAAUUAUAG